GAUUCAACUUAUCACUUUAAUUGCUACCGUUAAAAAUAAACGCAAAUGUGUCAAAACUGAAUAACAUGUAAUUUGUAGACAUCUGGUAUCAUUGAAGGAUUUAAGUCCAUGUCAGUGUACGUCGUUAAAAAAUUAUUAGCAAACACGCCAUGUCAGCAGCGGAAGGUAGCGGAAACGGCAGUAAACAUGCACGGGUAAUUCUGCAACAGUGCCUGUCUGCCCGGCUUAUGGUUCAACUGGCCACGGAUAGCGUUGACGCUGAAUACGUACAGAUCGGACGUGGAUUAAUCGUUUACGUUUGUUUCUUUAAAGGAGCAUCGGAAACCAUGAUUGAUAACAUGGUCAAGUCAGUCUUGAAGGCUCGUCUCAGCAAACAGACCGAUGGUGGACGACUGGUCUCAAUUCUUGACCUUCCCGGGGACGUUAUGAUUAUGCCCCAAUCAACACUGGGAGGCAAAUUAAAAGGCAAUGCUAUGAAGUUCAAUGGCAACAUACAGAAGGAAGAAGGUUUCAGGUUAUAUUCGCAUUUUGUUGAAAAAUGCGAAAAGGCUGUUGCAAGUGCCAAUGUUGAAACGGGGCACAAUUCCAUAGUUCUGUAUGGCACUUAUGGAAAUAAAACGGAAGUAUUUUCCACAGAAAGUCCGACGAAUGGACAAUAUACACAUUAUAUAGAAUUUUAAAGUCAUUUUUGCUCGUCAUGAAAUAUGUAUAAGAUAUACAAUUUUAUUCAAUAUAUUUUGAAUGUCUGAUAGUUCAGGGACAAG